AUGGCGUCUUCUUCAUCAUCUCACCAGCAAAAUCAGGGUUUUAAUGCUUUUUUUGGAAUAGAACCUGACGGCAAAAGAAGAAAGGUUUCCGAAUCUUCAAGAUUGUUUGAUGUGUUCAUCAACCACAGAGGCCCUGAUGUCAAACAAACUCUUGCUACUCAGCUUUACAACUCCCUUAAGGAGGUAGGCAUACAAGCAUUUCUUGAUUCGGAAGAGAAGCAACUUGGAGAUUUAUUUACUUCUACUAUUGAGUCUGCGAUCAAAUCUGCUUCAGUACAUAUUGCCAUUUUUUCAAAAAGAUAUGCAGAGUCACCUUGGUGUCUAGCUGAGCUGGUUCUUAUGUUACAAAGUAAGGCCAAGAUUAUUCCUGUGUUUUAUCAAGUCCAGCCGUGGGAACUCCGCUUCAUAGAAAAGGGAGUGUAUGCAAAAGCAUUGGCUAAAUAUAAAAAUGAGAAGAGGUACUAG